CGACGCUGUGCUGACGAGUUGCAAAUGGCGUCUUGUGAGGCAAUAUGAACGAGCGUGUUCUGUCUAGUAACGCGUACGGACCUCGUCCGGGCGCGGUGCCUUGUGGCCCAGCCUGACGGCAAAUUUUAUUCUUUUCUUCUUUUCGAAGUGUGUGCUUUCGAUUGAUUAGUGUUUUUAUACUUUUGUUCUUUUAUUACGAUUGUCCUUAUUUUUAUCCUUCUCCUACUCAAUUUCCUUGUUUUUUUGCUGUUGUGUUGUUGUUGUUGUUGUUGUGGUGGUUAUUAUCAGCGAAAAGAAGCGCAAUUAAUAAAAGUGCUACAACAGGAGAGCGUUGAUAAAAAAAGAAAGGAGACACUUGGCAUGCAGAGUCGACGAGGAUCAAAACUAUCGUUUAAUUGAAGGAGCCACGCGACGGGAGUCGAAACUAAUCUCAACGAUAGAAAGCUGAAGAAGAGGAGGGAAGUCAAAUGGUAGACGUGGUGACUCGAGCGGAUCGGAGAGGAAGGAUAUGCAAGCCGGAUUGAUCUGCAGAAAGCCCUUGGCGAUGAUGACGUCGAGCCAAAGUAGUUUCUUCGAUCGAUCCGAAGGAGGAAAGGGGGAGAUCGGUAACAAUAAAAGAAGAAACGCGGGACGAGAUUCCCGAGAGACGAUACAUUCUGGCCACUUUAUGGUUUCCGAUUUCGAAGCGGAAGCGCAGGACGAUGAGGACGAACUCGCCGUUCCUGUUCCUGACGAGGAAAACACCAAAUUGGCAAUUAUGACACCGACCAAUUCUUCUUUAGAAAAGUUCAUAGGAGGCACCUACAAUUAUAAACCCAAUUCUCAACAACUCAGCAUUGAAACGUCCUUAAACAAGCUCUUUCAAUGCAUGUCCUUGGCCUACAGACAGAAGCUGACGUCUCCCAAGUGGAAUCGCUUCAAAGGGAUCAGACUGAGGUGGAAAGACAAGAUCAGAUUGAACAACGUUAUCUGGAGAUGUUGGCAUAUGCAAUUUAUACUGAAGCAGAACACGUUGGUGUGCCAAUUUGCAUCGCCUCUUGACGUCGACACUCAUAAUAAGCCGGAGGCAGUAGUCUUGGAAGGCAAAUACUGGAAAAGAAAACUUGCUGCUGUUACCGCAGAAUACAAAAAAUGGCGUAUGUUCUACAGAAACAAAAUUCUUGGUUGGACGAACAAGGAUGGUACGGAGACGAUGGAAUCGAUGGACACGCUAGAUUGGAGCAACGGCAUGGAAACAUCGGAACAUUUUGGUGCGAGUAUGGCGAACGCGUAUGGAGGAACUGGGGGAGCUCAUGGCGGAGAGAGUAUGAUGGUUGAUGAAGAUUAUAUGGAGCUUAUGACCGAUACGCUAUUUUCCACAAUUAGCUCCAAUCAGCCUAUAUACUUUCCAGAUCCCAGAGAAAUCGCGCGCGGAGCUAGCCUUGCAGAUUUCAUUCAACCAAGUUUAGGACCACUCCAACCGAAUCUCGACGAUUUUAUGGACACUCUAGAACCAUUACAAGAAUUUUUAAACUCAAAGUUACCUCCUGUACCAGAAGAAGAGGAUAUGUUCCGAGGUGGUACCUUAAACACCAAUUAUCCUGAUCUCGAUCUGAUGACGCCGAUCAAUCAGAUGAACGAACUAAACGAAGAGGUAACGUCCAAGGAUGAAAGAUCAACGACAGCCUUGUCUGAAGAACAGGGAAACAGCUUGCAGAAUCUUCAUUAUACCGGAAAAAUAUAUAACCAGUCUGAAGCGGAGUCUAGCAGCGUUUACAGGAAUGACAUGGACAUAGAGAUGAAUUACAGAGCCGUGGAAGAAAAUUUCGUCGAGAGGUCGACGGCGACACCUACGACUACGGCAGCGAUGAGGACAACGGGAGGAACGACGACGACGACAUCGUCGUCGUCAUCGUCAUCGUCGCCAUCGUCGUCGUCGUCGUCGUCGUCUUCCUCGGCGUCAACGAAGAAUAAUGGUGGUGGUCAGUCGACGCGAGAAAAAACUCGACAAGAGAAUCGUCGAUCCGGUAGAACCAAUCGCGUGAUACAGCAGACGCACCAACAACGAGUGGACGCAUAUCGACAGGUUGUCCAAGCCGUUCCAAAUGUUCAAACGGUUCAACGAAAUUCGUGCUACGAGCAUCAGCAGCAGCAGCAACAGUCGAGCCAACAAUCAUAUGCCAUGGAAGUCCAAACAGCGGUGCAAUUGGCUCCUAUCGACAAUCAAAUGCAAAUUGCGACAUUGGACGAUCAACCCGUUAAUGCAACGCAGAUCUCCUCGAUAGCCGAUGUGCAAAAUAUAAUAAAUGCCCAGCAAAACUUUGCGCAAACCAAUGCGACAUUGCCCGCUGUGCAGCAGCGUGCUAUAAGAUCCUUACCACCGAUCCCUUCGAUGUCUUCGAAGCCUUACAAAAUCGUCCCACCGCUGCCCAACGCUUGUUACAAACUACCAAACUUUAAUACUCAACAACAAUGUAAAUACACCGGCAAUAAUUUUAAGACGCAUCCCGCGCAACAAGUCGUAUCUGUUCCAACGCAACAACCAACGCAAUCGCCGAUAUUAUUACAGUGUAGAUCUUCCGGCUUAGAUCUUACCCUGCAACCGACUAAAUUAGUAACACAAUCAAUCGUAACUACGUCGGAAAAAGAAGUAUUUGCAGUGCCUAAGUACCAAAUGAAAGCGCGAAACAGAUCUAGAAGCAGUUCCUCUUUGAUACCGCCGAGGAUGAACCCAUUGCCCUUAGCAUCUGCAGUAAGCGAUCCUGCUCUAAAUUUAAAUAACAAUGUCCUACUAGCGCAACUUCUUACAAACAAUACAUCCAAUAUAUGUACAAUGAACGCAUCAACCGAAAAAAUAAUACCAACGACGAAUCAAUCUAAUAACGUUAAACACAUACUACCUAUUUUACCACCAACUGCUUCGGUCACUCAAGUAACUACCGGUCAUCAUAUUGAAACGCCAGUCACGGUUCAAGCGAUACAAUCUUCUUCUAUCCAAGCAUCGCAGCACCAACAGGGAAUACAAUCGAAUUGUGGUCAACAACAGAUUCUCUUGAACACAAAUAAUCAAACUCAUCCAUCGCAAAAUAGUCCUAGCUCGCCCAAGGAUCAUUCUAAUGCACCUAGUUCUCCUCAAGCCUUGAGUCUAAGUCCCCUUCACAGUCCAUUGAGUAUCGGUAGUCCCUUAUCGCCUCCGCGAAAUUACAUUAAAGGAGAUUCGGAACGAGGACAAUACAAGGAACAAAGAAGAGUCGGACAUAUUCAUGCCGAGCAAAAACGCAGAUACAACAUUAAGAAUGGCUUUGAUAUGCUUCACAGUUUAAUACCGCAGCUUAAUCAGAAUCCUAAUGCAAAAUUAGCUAAAGCUGCCAUGUUACAAAAAGGAGCAGAUUACAUUAAACAAUUAAGGGCAGAAAGGAAUCAGCUUAAAGAGGAGAUGGAUAGUUUGAGACAUCAAAUCGAGUGCCUUAAUACUUCUAUUAGUAAUUGUCAAUCUAUGCUUCCUGCAACGGGUGCUCCAGUCUCUAGGCAUAGAACUAAUAAGAUGAAAGAAAUGUUUGACGAGUACGUGCGUAACCGUACUAGAGAAAAUUGGAAAUUUUGGAUCUUUAGCAUUUUGCUAGAACCUUUAAUGCUCUCCUUCAAUACUUCGGUAUCAACGGCUAGCGUCGAAGACUUAUACAGAAGCACGGUACUAUGGGUCGAGCAACAUUGUUCGCUCGUCGAUCUCAGACCAGCUGUUCUGAACUCCUUAAGGUAUCUGUGUACUGCCACUGAUAUUCUGUCAGAUCCGGCUCGCUUACCCGAAGAAGCACUUGCAGCGGUUAAUCGAACGGAAAGACGACGAUCUGCGCAGUGACGACCAAUUUUAAACUACAGAUCUCUUGGAAAAAUAUAUGCGCAAACUAAUUUCAGACGCAUAAACAUCGUAGAAAUUGAAACUUACCUUGUCUAGUAAGGUUUAUCUCUUAUCAAUCUUUCAAAAUGAUUAUAAAAAUAUUACAUAUUUUGAUCCAACCUUUUCAAGCAUAACUCCUACAUCCAAUCUAGGAUCUUAUAUCUAUAUCUUAUCAAAUCCUAAUGGCAAAAAGAAAAAUGAACAUAUUUUUAAUGAAAAACAAUGAAAAGAAUCAAUUAUGAAAAGAACGUAGCGUCCUAUUUUGACUAUGAGUAAAACAAUUUGCAUAAGCCCUUUUUUUCGCAUUCGCUUCGUUUUAAAAUUUCUUCAGCCCCUCUCUUUACUCGUUCUCCUUACCAGGGUUUGAUUUUACCUAAUUUCAUCACUAAUUGUCGCUCUUCUCAAAGUUAUUCCAAAAAUGGAUCCACUUAGAAACUAAUCGAUCGCUAAACUUGUUUAAUUAAAGCAUAUACAUAAAAAAAAUAUUUAAUUCUAAGCGAUCAUUCCAUGCAGAUAUUCUAAAUACAAACUAAAUUAACAUCUUAAUGAUUUGAACUCUAUUCUGUCAAUUCUGUGAUAUUGCUAAUAACGUACUACCGUAAAUACAUUCUUAAAAGCAUGUUUUUUUUUAAUUUACAUUCGUAUAACUAUAAUACACCACCAAUUUUGUCAUUUCACACGAUUUAUUUCAAUUUCUUAUACAUUCAUAUAAACUAAUGACAACACCCUUCAAAGAAGCUAUAGUCGCUACGUUCCUUAUAUUAAACGUAUUUUUUGUAAUAUUAAUAAAGAAAAGUUUUUAUAUAUAAUUAUCAAACACUUACCAUUAAACUCACGAGAAAUGGUAAGUAGGUAAUAUUAAAUACGAAUUUUGUCUUACAGUCUAAAUACAUUUAUUUGAAAAUGUUCGAUGCUGUAUACGACGAAGAAAUUUCAAAUGCACACACAAUCUCUCGCUUAUAUUUUCCUUGCCCUAUGGUAAUAUUUAAAAAUUUGCCUACUAUAUAAAGUCUUGCAUACUGCAUUGGUACAUACAAUUUUCAAUAUCAAUUUCAUAUACGUUCAAAUUUAUAUUCAAACUUAUUCAUGAAAUGCAAUUAUUACUUCGCAUACUUUAAUAUUUUUUUAUUUUAACCCUUAUCGGGGACGUCUUUGGUACGUCUUCAUUGACAACGGUAUUUUGGCGUUUUAUGGAACCUAAUGAGAAUCGUAUUAAAAAAAGAUGACGACCAAUAAGGGUUAAAGGUAUUUCUUCAAUGCAUCUUUCAGUGUCAUCUUUUAAGAUUUAUUUAUUUUACUUGAUUUUUUAAUUAUGUCAUACUAACUUUAACAGGAAAAAAAGGUUCAUUUCGACGC